CAGCUAAAUGACGGCCAUCUGUUGCAAUAAGAAAGCUUCUUUGUGCGCUCAACGUAUAUAAGACAUUUCUGCCGCAGUUUCUUUCUUUGGAAUAAUGUCGGCUGAAUAUGAUAACGGAGACAAUGGCCCAGAGGGCAUGGAGCCAGAUGGGAUCAUUGAGAGCAACUGGGAUCAGAUUGUGGACAGUUUUGAUGAGAUGAGUCUGCGCGAGGCUCUGCUCAGGGGAAUUUAUGCCUAUGGUUUUGAGAAGCCUUCCGCUAUCCAGCAGAGAGCAAUUGUCCCUUGUAUCAAGGGUUACGAUGUAAUCGCUCAGGCCCAGUCUGGCACUGGGAAGACUGCCACCUUCGCCAUUUCCAUCCUCCAGCAAAUUGAUGUGGAGCUGAAAGACACGCAGGCUCUGGUCCUGGCUCCCACUAGGGAGCUGGCCCAGCAGAUCCAGAAGGUGGUGUUGUCCCUGGGUGACUACAUGGGGGCCAGCUGCUAUGCCUGCAUCGGAGGUACCAGCAUUCGCAGUGAAGUUCAGAAGUUGCAGGCCGAAGCCCCUAACAUUGUGGUGGGAACCCCUGGCCGUGUCUUCGACAUGUUAACCCGCAGGAACCUUUCUUCAAAGCACAUCAAAAUGUUUGUGCUGGACGAGGCUGACGAGAUGCUUAGUCGAGGGUUUAAGGACCAGAUCUAUGACAUCUUUCUGAAACUGUCAAGCAGUACCCAGGUGGUCUUACUUUCAGCCACCAUGCCUGCUGAUGUUUUGGAGGUCACAAAGAAGUUCAUGCGUGAACCGGUCCGAAUCCUGGUAAAGAAGGAGGAGCUGACCCUUGAGGGAAUUCGUCAGUUCUACAUCAAUGUGGAGAAAGAGGAGUGGAAGCUGGACACACUAUGUGACCUGUAUGAAACCCUGACCAUUACGCAAGCGGUCAUAUUCAUCAACACGAGGAGGAAAGUGGACUGGCUCACUGAGAAGAUGCAUGCCAGAGACUUCACUGUCUCUGCUCUGCAUGGUGACAUGGACCAGAAAGAGAGAGACCUGAUCAUGAGAGAGUUCCGCUCUGGCUCUAGUCGUGUCCUCAUUACCACUGACCUGCUGGCCAGAGGUAUUGAUGUCCAGCAAGUGUCCCUAGUUAUAAACUACGAUCUGCCGACCAAUAGGGAGAACUAUAUCCACAGGAUUGGUCGUGGUGGUCGUUUCGGCAGAAAGGGCGUAGCCAUCAACAUGGUGACGGAGGAUGACAAGCGAACCCUGAGGGAUAUCGAGACCUUCUACAACACCACCGUUGAGGAGAUGCCCAUGAAUGUGGCAGAUCUUAUCUAGAGGAAACUGCAAAAACUUCAUUCACCCCAUCCUGUUUAUUUUAGAAGUUGAAUCUUGUUUCUUAUACUAUCUGAAUUCUAAGAACUUUUGCUAAAUUCCACCAUGACUUUCCAUUUGAAGGAAAGGGGGAAGAAAAUGGCAGCCGUUGUUCCUUACUUGUAAGUUUUGGCCUUGUUGGAAAGAUGAAUUUACUGACCUGCUUCAUCUGCAUUGUCAUAGUCCUUGACCCUGUAUUGGCACCUAAAUUCUUCCUACAGCUAACCACUCCUCUUAAACAAUUAGAACUUUUUGACUUUUACAAGGGAGGGGAAAAAAACACAACUGCAUUUCUAGAAGCACAUUUGGGAGGGGAAAAAAAAAGAUGUUUAGAAGUAUUCUAGCUCUGGCUGUUAGCGAAGGCUUAACUUUAAAUGAAUACCCUGCCCCAGUUAUUACUCUGCAUAGUGCUAACAUAAAAAUAUUGAUUCUUCUAUGAAAUGUGGCUGAUUUUUGUACCAGCCAUGGCAUCACCAUGUUGCUGCACUGUUUCUGACUGACUGCAGCUCAGACUCGCCACAACCGUGAUCUAAAGGGAAGUGCUGCAUUUGACCAGAUCAGUAUUAACACCUCUUCAGUGUACUCGCAAUGGUCUUUUAACACACACCUAUGAUCUUGUUGACGGAUUUUGGGGAUAGAGUACACGGGGCAUAUUCAGUUUAAAAAAAAUAAAUAAAUAAAUAAAAAUUGUAUAGUAAACUACAUUAUGAAUGAGCUGUUUACAGUUUUGGUCCUUUACUGCUGUUAUAUUUUUAUUGCUAUUGUACAUAGUGCUUGACUUGUACAGUCAGUUGUGCAGUAACAUUCAGUUGAAGACUAAAAAAUAAUGGAAAGUUCUGUGGA